CACAGAGGGACUGUGAGGAAGGAAGCUGGGGGCCUGAGCAGGAGGGUAACCUCAGGAGAAGGGCCCACCCACCACACCAAGCAAGAGGCCCAGGAAGACCCCUCUCAAACCACGCCAGCCUUACGGGGAGAGCAGGCCUCAUCUUCAUCAUGAACUGGCACAUGCUAAUCUCUGGGCUUUUCAUAGUGGUGCUUAAAAUUGUCGGGAUGACCUUAUUUCUGCUUUAUUUCCCACAGAUUUUGGGUGAAAAUAAAGCCAGCUUCACUUCCACAGAGAGGUAUGGAACAGUUCCACAGAUUUUCGGGAGCAGCUCUGCUCCCACAGAAAGCUACGGAGCAGUCUGCCCCAGAGAGUGGGAUCUUCAUGAAGGAAGAUGUUUUUUCCUGUCCACCUCUGAAUUGUCUUGGAACAAAAGCAGGGAAUUCUGUGAAGCGGAAGGAUCCAGUUUGGCUAUUGUCAACACGCCAGCGAAACUGGAGUUUCUCCAGGACAGAACUGGGGCUGAGAAGUAUUUUAUUGGCUUAUUAUACCAGCAUGCAGAGGAAGGGUGGUAUUGGAUUGACAACUCCAUGUUCAAUGGCAACGUUGUCAAUCAGCGUCUGCAUUUCAACUGUGUGACCAUAGGCCUGACAAAGACAUACGAUGCUGCCUCAUGUGACGUCAACUACCGCUGGAUCUGCGAGAAGAGGGCUACAUGACUGUAGUACUUGGUGGCCUCCGAUGAGAACAACAGAUAUGCUUAUGGAGAAAGCAAAGAGAAUAUUUAUAACUGCAACUGGUCCAGAAAAGACGGAACAUCAAAUUACUGUGUCAAUCCCCCAUAGGUGACUAACACAGCUCCCUAAUGAAUCCUCAAGGCUCACGUACCAGCCUCCACACAAAUACGCUUGCAGACACACAACUGAGGCGAACUCCCCAUGUGGAGGCAGCUAUUCCCCCAGGGCCCCAUCUCCUGUGAGAGUCACAUGUGCAGCCCUUUUUGUAUAUGCACAGGGUGUCUAACCAAUGAUUGCUUCAUCCACCUGUCUACUAGGAGAGGUCCUUGCCCAUAGCUUUGGGGGACUGGAAGCUAGCCAUCUCCAGGAAACAGGGCUGGUUUUAUGGAGGCCUUUCAGCUGUAUAGUGGUGAGGUCUGUUUCUACAGAACUGAGCAUUUUGGACUGCUCAGCAGGGUUUGGCUUGUUGCCAGGGUCUGCUUUAUCCUCAGAGCACAUGACCAUACCACCAGGGAAAAAUCUUUGGGCCAAACAAGGGUGAAUAUUAUUUAGGGAGCAGCAAGGAUAGAAGAUGGAUGAACUCAGCUUCUGUGGCCUCACAUCUGUUCCCAAAAGCCCUGUUCACAUGCCGCUCACCCCCACCCUGGUAGCACAGCAGAGGGGCCCUACUCAGUCUUAAGUGAGGCCAGGCCUGGGGCAGGGCUCCUGCAGCCAGCCUUGGAAGAGAGACAGCAGUAUUCCUGGGAAUGCAGAGGGAUCUGGCCAGGGCAGGAAUCUGCUAAGAACCCCGUUGGAGACAAGCAGACAGCCACAAUGGCCAAGCCGACUGAGUGUCUGUCUGUUCUUUGACAAAGCCCUGAAGAGAUAGUCACUCACGCUUCUUGGUCUGUGUCUAAAUCUCCAUUUUUGUAGAUUUCAAUGACCUGGUCAUAUUUUUUUAGUAUAUUUUACAAUUUGGAAUAGUCUCUUGGGCUCCAGCGGUCACAACACACUCCUGCCUUCAGCUCUGGAGAGACCCUGCUACCAGGCACAACCUACUGGCCCACAGCCUUGCACCGGGCGGCAUCACACUGCCCAGGACUGGUCCAGCUGCCCCAGGAGUAGAAAAAGAGGAGGACCACUCAAGGAAAUAUUGGGCAUGGACAAGGAGUGGGCAUACAGCAGAAAGAGAACACCAAGGACAAGCGGAAAUCAUAUGCGGGAAGAAACGGAGCCAUACUGGCCAUAAUGGCAGAAGGGCAAGAAGGUAGACAGACCUGGAGCAAUGCUGGCUACCCCGGCUGUUCUCUGCACUUGCCGGAAAACAUGAGCUACAUGCCCUCUCUCAGUCCAUAAAAGAGAAAAGAGAUGCCUGUGUGUUUUGAAUAACAAGAAUUAAACUGUAAGGAAAGAUAAUAUAAAACAAAUAGAAAUUACAGUCACCUAAGUAAACUGCUCACCAUGUACGUAUAAAAAUGUACCUGAAUGACUGUGUAUAUCAUUAGAUGUAUGUCAAAGUAAAUUAUUGCUUUAUUUUUAUUACAUUACAGAGCUCUGUUCCUAGAUCCCUAGCCUUCAUAAUUUUUGGUUAAUUAGCUGGGCCACUUACUGUUGCACAGAAGCUGAAUUUAAAACCUGAGAUAAUAUAUAUUAAGUGUUGGAACUUGCUUGAAGGAGGUUACCAGAAGUAAUCUGUGUCUGGGGAGGACUGGAUGUUGGAAUUACAUCAGUACUCUGUGGGGAUACAAGUUCUUUGAUGGUGUUUGCCAAGAAUAAAGGCUGCAGCUGAGGAGUGGGGAGAGGCUGAGUCUGUGGAACAUAAAGGAAUAAACAGAAUUCCACACCAAAGGCAAGCCCCAGAAUUUAGGCGACAGAAAGGAAACCACAAUCCUUCUGUUUUGAGAAAGGAGAACUGUGGUUGCAACACUUCCUCUUUGACGACAGAAUAGAUUGCAGACCUUCACAGUCAGGAAAUGCAGACAUCUAGUAGACAUCCCAAAUUUUCCCCAAGAUGAUGAGACACUUCUGCAAAAGUUCUGAAAGAGGCCCCACGGGCUGGGGUGGGGGUGGGAGCAGGUAGAGAACAGGUGCACUGUGGUUUAAGGUCAUUAUCCGGGGGAGUCCAGGUUGCUGGAUCCUUGGAAGGGCAGAGAAACAUGGCCCUAUGGAGCAGCAGCAGUAUGUUUUUUUUAAAAGCAAUGGAAAUUUAGUAAACCACAGGACUCAUUUUACUUCCAAUAUGCUAUGCAAAUCUGUACAGAUUUCUUACUCUUUCUGUACCUUAAUUUCUUUGCCUAUAGAAGGGGGCAGUACUAUCCCUCUCACAAAAUUCUUGUACAUAAUAAAUAAGAUCCCCACUAUGUAUUUCAGUGGCAAUAAAUGAUAGGGGAAGCAUUCUGUGGACAAUUUGAAGUUGAGACUUUCAUGCAAGAAAUGGCUUUUCAAUUUGCUGAAGCUGAAUGUAGGCAAGCCAUUUAACUUCUAAGAACCUGUUUAUUCAUUUAUAAUGUGUGAACAAAUAUAUGCUCAAGCUGGGGAGAAGUGCCUCAAAUUUUCUGUGGCCAAGGCACAUGACAUCAAAACUGCACUUUCCAUGGCUCUGGCUUACUUACAAAUCCCCAUCCUCUCUCUGUGAGUGAAGUGGUCCCCUGGCCAAAGUCACCGACACCUGGCCCCUCAGAUGUCCACAGAUCAGCACUGAUGCUUGAAUGAAAAUACCAGGCAUAGGGAGCCUUUCCCCAUUUCCCUACGGUUACCACCCUCUGCCCUGAGAAGCUGUGUCCUUUGGUGACCUUGGCCUCUGGCUAGUCCUACUUCACUUGGAGUCACCCUCAGCAAAGGCUGAGUAAGAAUGGAGUAAGCAUCUUACCCUUCACUUUUACUCUAGGUGCUCAAGGACACUAUCACUUAUGAUUCAGCAGCCAAAGUAUCCUGCAGAGGGUCCUCACGAUUCCCUUAGACAUCUUCACCACCAGCCAGUGAGGCUGAGAGAGCAGAUAUUUGAUUAUCUAUCAAGCCACAGUCCAUGUUCAAUUUCUUAUUUUAGGGACAAAUGAUUGAAUUAAUCAAAAUCUUUCAUUCAUAAGACACUCUCGUAACUGGUAC